UCUGUUAGCCACCACCCACAAACUCACUCAGCUGGGGUAGCAGGUGACAGUUGAACCAGUCCAGCAAACAACGCGACCUCACUUGGGCUAACAGCAUACCAGCGAACACUCACAACGCCAGAAAAAAAAAAAGAGUCUGUACUUUACAUUGCGUCAUUUGAGAAUUCCUUUUCCCCUCGUUGGUGCCGCGUAGCUCGCCAGCAUUUGCCAGGACAUCGAUGCCAUUUGUGUCUGACGUUGACAAGCAGAGAAGACGAAGACUUAAGCAGCACGACGUCCCCCGAAGGCUUUCGUUCUUGUCCUGGUAACGACUGGCAAGCCACCGCCAACGAUGUCAGAGACGACCGUGGAGGUGAAGCUGGAGGUGAAGCAGGCGAGCAAAGAGGUGAAAGAAAGCGAAAACGUGGCCGAGAAAUAUUCUGUCAUGACGGUGAGCAAGAACACCGAAAUGAACAUGGAAGAGCUGUCGUCCGCCUUCAGCGCGGUGCCCACUCACAAGCCGGUUAAAAAGCAAAUUCAGUUUGUGGAGGACAAGCAGGAGUUCAGCCGGUUCCCCACCAAAGCAGGCCGUCGUUCCCUCUCCCGCUCCAUCUCUCAGUCAUCCACGGACAGCUACAGCUCAGCUGCAUCCUACACAGACAGCUCAGACGACGAAACUUCACCUCGAGACAAAACACAGGUCAACUCCAAAGGCAGCAGUGACUUCUGCGUCAAGAACAUUAAACAAGCCGAGUUUGGGAGACGUGAGAUUGAGAUUGCUGAACAAGACAUGUCAGCACUGAUCGCUCUAAGGAAGAGAGCACAGAGUGAGAAACCAUUGGCAGGUGCCAAAAUUGUGGGCUGCACUCACAUCACUGCACAAACUGCAGUACUGAUUGAGACUCUGGUGGCUCUUGGGGCCCAAUGCCGCUGGACUGCCUGCAACAUUUACUCCACACAAAAUGAAGUGGCCGCUGCUCUGUCAGAGAUAGGUGUGGCUGUGUUUGCCUGGAAAGGGGAGUCUGAGGACGAUUUCUGGUGGUGUAUUGAUCGCUGUGUCAACACUGAGGGAUGGCAGCCUAACAUGAUCCUAGAUGAUGGAGGGGACCUGACACACUGGAUGUACAAGAAAUACCCAAAUGUAUUCAAGAAGAUCCGGGGCAUAGUUGAGGAGAGCGUCACUGGGGUUCACAGGCUGUAUCAGCUCUCCAAAGCGGGGAAGCUGUGCGUGCCAGCCAUGAACGUAAAUGAUUCUGUGACCAAGCAGAAGUUUGACAACCUUUACUGCUGCAGAGAGUCUAUCUUGGACGGCUUGAAGAGAACCACAGAUGUCAUGUUUGGAGGCAAGCAGGUGGUUGUAUGUGGCUACGGUGAGGUUGGAAAAGGUUGUUGUGCUGCACUGAAAGCUCUCGGGGCUAUUGUCUACAUUACAGAGAUCGAUCCUAUUUGUGCCCUUCAAGCUUGUAUGGAUGGAUUCAGAGUAGUCAAGCUGAAUGAGGUCAUUCGCCAUGUUGACAUCACCAUCACAUGCACUGGAAAUAAGAAUGUGGUGACCAGGGACCAGCUGGACCGCAUGAAAAACGGCUCCAUUGUGUGCAACAUGGGGCACUCCAACACUGAGAUUGAUGUGGCAAGCCUUCGCACCCCUGAGCUGACAUGGGAGCGGGUGCGUUCGCAGGUCGAUCACGUCAUUUGGCCUGAUGGCAAGAGAGUCAUUCUGCUGGCUGAAGGACGCCUCCUCAAUCUCAGCUGCUCCACUGUUCCCACUUUUGUCCUGUCCAUCACCGCCACCACUCAGGCCCUGGCCCUCAUAGAGUUGUACAAUGCUCCAGAGGGACGAUACAAGCAAGACGUUUACCUGCUUCCUAAAAAAAUGGACGAAUACGUGGCCAGCCUACAUCUUGCCACCUUUGACGCCCACCUGACCGAGCUCAGCGAUGAGCAGGCAAAAUAUUUGGGCCUGAAUAAGAACGGUCCUUUCAAACCCAACUACUACAGGUAUUAGCCUGCAAAAAGCUACACCUCAACACAGCCACGUGUUGAUGACCGCCAAGACACAAGACCUGUUGGUGUAUCUCCUAUUUUAUAGUCUACACAUGAAGACAUAUUAGUGUAUGUUCAUAUUUGUCUCAUCUACUUUUAUUUCACAGAAAUGAUUGUGGUAGUCCAUAUUAAUACACAAAUGUAUUGAGAGAUUAUGGUGGAUCCGCAUCAAAGAGAUACAGUAAUAUUUUGCAUUAAUCGUACUGUUUCAGACUGCUGUGGCAUAUAACUGCAAUGAAAGAGUUGCAGAUUUAAAAAAAAAAAGUACCUCUUCAGUUUGUGCGACAAAAAGAAAUUAAGUCAAUAACUGUCUGAGAUGUGAAGUUUCAAAAGUCUUUCUUUGUGCAAGGAAAGACUUUUGACCUGACUGAUACAUUUCAUUGGUCAUCACCUCCAUGAGUGAGACAGAUGGCAACCUUCACUGGCAUGUCUAAUUUUGCCUAAUUUUAAGAAUAAAGAGCCAUAGAUAGGACCAAAACUAAAGUUUUGGUUCGUGAACAUUUUUCAAGAAUUCAA